AUGGAGAUAGCUGCGUAAGUACCGUACCAGGUAUACGGGCAUCUAAACGACCAACAAGGGGAUAUAGGUAAUGUUCCAAAUUGCUUGGCCACCGGACCGAAACCGCAAACGGUACGUGUCCGAGAGAAUGCUUAUUCAGCCUAAGUAUAUCUCCUCAUCGCGGACAGGGCACCACGCUAGGAGCUUGCAGUGCAGGAACAGCAGUAACGAGCACAAUGGCCGGGCACAGCUCGAAGCAGAGUUGGGCAUUCCAGGGUAGGUGUAGGUAUUGCCGCUUGCAUCCAUCCACCCCAACUGUUGUCGCCCAUUCCCUGCACUAUAUGGACUACGAGAAUGGGAGUACAAACAGUAAGGUACACAAAGCCAAGAGAGGAUGGCUGAAGACUUCCAUCGCUGAACGACAUGAAGUCAAGACACUUGAUAGUCGAGGAGUUGCCUUUUCGGGAUCAAGCAGUCCAAUCCGCUCUGAGGAUUUGCUGCUCCCUGUUCCCAGUUUAUGGACGCCACAGCCGCUCUGACAGCUUCGACAUUGGACGAAGC